GGAGCCAAAGACGCUAGGACAAUUUUGGUUUUCAAGAUAUCGAAAUUGUUACUGUCGCCCGCAUUUCCAGUCAAUCAAUUCACAUUCUUCAUAGCCAUGAGUGUCCCGUCACUUCGGAAUUGCAUCGGCAAUUCGGUCAGCAAGACAGCGGGUGUCAGAUAUGCAUCAACGAAGUCGGUGACUGCGAGACAACCACCCAAUCGUCCGGAACAUGGAGAGCAGAUAUAUGUCUAUAAUCACUUACGGACGAAUCAAGUCGUCUACUCACUUACUAGGGGAAUGGACAACACCUCUUCCCUUCACCAACUCCCCUACAAUGGCAAAAAGACCCGUCCUGCCGCCCUCCGCAAAGACCACUGGCACCCCAUGGCCCUAAUAACCUUCCCACCUGGCUGUUCCUCCUCCGGCCUUAGCGCCUUCCAAAAACUCCGCGAAUAUCGCAAACGGCACGAACACUCCUGGGACCCCUCCUCCCCCCUCUUCAAGCGCGAGCCCCAACCAGGCGAAUCCGACUACCAGAAAUCAAAAAUCCAUCUUACCUCCAAAUUGCGCUCCCGCAAAAUUAACGACCAAAAAGCCAACACCGUCGCCGACAUGGCCGCCGUUCUCAAAGAUAUCAGAUAUGGAAGUGAAAGAAUAGGUCUCGAGGGAAUUGGGAAAGAAGGCGUCGUAGAAGUGAAAUGGAGUGACCUCGCAGACGCAAGUUACGCAGGCGAAGGAUCCGAUAUCUGGGGCGAAGCUGUUCUUCACGAUACUCUACCUUGGGAUCGAAAUAAUCGGGACAUUCUCAAAAGACAAGCACUGAGCACCGAAAAGCAAGCCGAAUGGAAAGCCGAGCGGGCAGCGAUCAAGGAAGCCAACGAAGAAAAGAAGAGGAAAAACAGAGAAGAAAAUGAACGAAUCAUGAAAGCGAGAGAAGAGAGAUGGGCAAAGCACAUAGCGCUCAUGGAGAAACACCGCGCAAUGGGAAAGGGACCCAAGGUGCUCCCACAAAGAAUCAGACAAUCCCCCGCCGACAAUUGGGCGCAGGAGAGACAAGCACAGUUGGAAAAAUUAGCAUGGAUGGAAAGGACGGGCGGUUCGGCGCAGGAAUAUGAAAUUUCGCGCGAGCAAGCUGAUGCAAUUGAUGCGGUUGCAACACAGGAAUUAGAGCUUGAAUCUGCAGUUGAAGCUGGAGCUCAACCACUGGGAUUGGGAAAUAAAUCAAAUGCAGAGACAGAGACUCCUGCAACUAAAAUUCUUUAAAAAAGUAGAAUUUAUGUUUUUGAGAUGCACGUAGGAGAUGUAGAUGUAGAUAUAUAUUGUAAAAUCACAUAGUAUCACACCGCACUAUAUUGCAUUGCAUCGUAUUUCAUUUCGUAUCUUCUUGCUCUACUGUAUGUAUAUAUAUAUACACCCCCCUCCCUUUAUAUUCGAAAAGAGAUAAGAGCAAAAGCAAAAACGGAAAGAAAAUAGAAAGAAAUUUAAACAGAAACA